AUGAAGGAACCGGAUGCCAUCAAACUUUUCAUUGGACAGAUCCCCCGGAAUUUAGAGGAGAAAGACCUGAAACCUAUCUUCGAACAAUUUGGCAAAAUCUAUGAGCUGACAGUCAUUAAGGAUAAAUACACCGGCAUGCACAAAGGAUGCGCUUUCUUGACCUACUGCGCUCGGGAGUCAGCCCUCAAGGCCCAGAGUGCGCUUCAUGAGCAGAAAACACUGCCAGGGAUGAACCGGCCGAUCCAAGUGAAACCAGCGGACAGCGAGAGCAGAGGAGAAGACAGGAAGCUGUUUGUGGGAAUGCUGGGUAAGCAGCAAACAGACGAGGAUGUCCGGAAAAUGUUCGAGCCCUUUGGAAGCAUUGACGAAUGCACGGUACUCCGUGGUCCUGACGGCACCAGCAAAGGCUGCGCCUUCGUGAAGUUCCAGACACAUGCAGAAGCGCAGGCUGCCAUCAACACGUUGCACGGGAGCCGCACGUUGCCGGGUGCCUCCUCCAGCCUCGUGGUGAAAUUUGCGGACACCGAGAAGGAGCGGGGCCUCCGGCGCAUGCAGCAAGUGGCCAAUCAGUUGGGCAUGUUCAGCCCCAUCGCGCUGCAGUUCGGGGCGUACAGCGCCUACACCCAAGCACUAAUGCAACAGCAAGCCGCUCUGGUGGCUGCCCACUCCGCCUACCUCAACCCCAUGGCCACCAUGGCCGCUGUCCAGAUGCAGCAGAUGGCCACCAUCAACCCCAACGGCCUCAUCGCCACCCCCAUCACCCCCAUCACGCCCUCCUCAGGUACCAGUACACCGCCUGCCAUCGCGGCCACGCCAGUGUCUGCCAUCCCAGCCACCCUCAGCGUCAACGGGUACAGCCCCGUUCCCACACAGAGCACGGGCCAGCCUGCGUCGGAGGCCAUUUACACGAACGGCGUCCACCCCUAUCCAGCACAGAGCCCGGCAGCCCCCGUGGACCCCUUGCAGCAGGCGUAUGCUGGGAUGCAGCACUACACAGCCGCCUACCCCGCAGCCUACGGACUGGUGAGCCCAGCCUUCCCGCAACAGCCAGCGACCAUCAUCACCCAGCAGCCGCCUCCACAACAGCAGCAGCAGCGGGAAGGUAGGCAGAGGAGGAAGCAGCAGGAGGAGGGAAGUCCCGAGGGCUGUAACAUAUUCAUCUACCACCUGCCGCAGGAGUUUACGGAUUCCGAGAUCCUCCAGAUGUUCCUCCCCUUUGGGAAUGUCAUCUCUGCCAAAGUCUUUGUGGACCGGGCUACCAAUCAGAGCAAAUGUUUCGGCUUCGUGAGUUUCGACAAUCCCGCCAGCGCUCAGGCCGCCAUCCAGGCCAUGAACGGCUUCCAGAUUGGGAUGAAGCGCCUCAAGGUCCAGCUGAAGCGGCCCAAAGAUGCCAACCGGCCCUACUGA